AUGACAGCAGCCGAAGCCAGUGCCCCAGUUUACUUCAAACAACCAAUCCGUUGGAUGCGUUAUUACGCCCACAAUAGACCUCACUUGUUUUUUGCCGUGAUGUUGGGGGCCAUGGGUCCAGUAUUCUUGUUGGGGGUUGGUCCACUUAGAAGAAAGUACCUUUAUCCAGACCACACUCCAUUGCCACAAUCUUAUCCGGUCCCAAAAGCUCCAAGAAACAAGGAUUUGAAAGGGUUUGAUGACGAGUAG